AUGGCAGGCCAACAGAUUCCGGAGGACAUGCCGGUCAUCCCUCCACCGAAUGGAACAACAUCCAACUUUGACGAUCCACCAUCCUUGUACGAGGCGACCUUGGGCGUUGGUAUUACCUCCAUGGUCAUCAUGACAGUCGCAGUCGGUAUACGGACCUACACCAAAGCCGUCAUUCUGAAAGAUAUGAAGCAUGAGGAUUACUAG